CUGGGGUUGGACCGGUCCCAGGACCCGGGUGAGGGUUCCCUACUUGGCCUUCAGUAGGGAUCAAGACGCAGGCACCUGCGCCAAAGGGGAGCAAAGCCGGCCCCGGCCCGAGGCCCCCAGGACCUCCAUCUCCCAACGUCGGAGGAAUCCAACACGUGAUGGUCGGACGGCGUCUCAGACUAGAUGAGCCCAGUAAGCGCCAUGGCUCCGGAGAAGCUGCCCCGCCUUCCCUCCUUGCUGCUGUCGCUCCUGACACUGCUGCUGCCCCAGGCAGACACUCGGUCGUUCGUAGUGGAUCGGGAUCAUGACAGGUUCCUCCUGGACGGCGUCCCGUUCCGCUACGUGUCUGGCAGCCUGCACUACUUCCGGGUACCGCGGGUGCUCUGGGCAGACCGGCUUUUGAAGAUGCGAUUGAGCGGCCUCAACGCCGUUCAAUUUUAUGUGCCCUGGAACUACCAUGAGCCACAGCCUGGGGUCUAUAACUUUAAUGGCAGCCGGGACCUCAUUGCCUUUCUGCACGAGGCAGCUAUAGCGAAACUGUUGGUCAUACUGAGACCAGGACCUUACAUCUGUGCAGAGUGGGAGAUGGGGGGUCUCCCAUCCUGGUUGCUUCGAAAACCUAAAAUUCAUCUAAGAACCUCAGAUCCAGACUUCCUUGCUGCAGUGGACUCCUGGUUCAAGGUCUUGCUGCCCAAGAUAUAUCCAUGGCUCUACCACAAUGGGGGCAACAUCAUUAGCAUUCAGGUGGAGAAUGAAUAUGGUAGCUACAAGGCCUGUGACUUCAGCUACAUGAGGCACCUGGCUGGGCUCUUCCGUGCACUACUAGGAGAUAAGAUCUUGCUCUUCACCACAGAUGGGCCUGAAGGACUCAGAUGUGGCUCCCUCCAGGGACUCUAUACCACCGUAGAUUUUGGCCCAGCUGACAACAUGACCAAAAUCUUUACCCUGCUUCGGCAGUAUGAACCCCAUGGACCAUUGGUGAACUCUGAGUACUAUACAGGCUGGCUGGAUUACUGGGGCCACAAUCAUUCCACCCGGUCCGUUCCAGCUGUAACCAAAGGACUAGAGAAGAUGCUCAAGUUGGGAGCCAGUGUGAACAUGUACAUGUUCCAUGGUGGUACCAACUUUGGAUACUGGAAUGGUGCUGAUGAGAAGGGACGCUUCCUUCCAAUUACUACCAGCUAUGACUACGAUGCACCUAUAUCUGAAGCAGGGGACCCCACACCUAAGCUUUUUGCACUUCGAAAUAUCAUCAGCAAGUUCCAGGAAGUCCCCUUGGGACCGUUACCUCCCCCUAGCCGCAAGAUGCUGCUCGGACCUUUGACUCUGCGUCUGGAUGGGGAUUUGCUGGCUUUCCUGGACAUUCUAUGCCCCCGAGGGCCCAUCCACUCAAUCUUGCCAAUGACCUUUGAGGCCUUAAAGCAGGACCGUGGCUUUAUGUUGUAUCGGACCCAUCUGAUCCAUACCAUUUUUGAGCCAACACCACUCUGGGUGCCAAAUAAUGGACUCCAUGACCGUGCCUAUGUGAUGGUGGAUGGGGUGUUCCAGGGUGUUUUGGAACGAAAUAUGAGACAUACAGUAUUUUUGAUGGGGAACCUGGGGGCCAGACUGGAUAUCUUGGUGGAGAACAUGGGGAGGCUCAGUUUUGGGUCUAACAGCAGUGACUUCAAGGGCCUGUUAGAGCCACCCAUUCUGGGGCAAACAAUGCUUAUCAAGUGGAUGAUGUUCCCUCUGAAAAUUGAUAACCUUGUGAAGUGGUGGUUUCCUCUCCAGUUGCCGAAAAGUGCACAACCUCAAGCUCCUUCUGGCCCCAGCUUCUACUCUACAACGUUUCCAAUUUUAGGCUCAGUUGGGGACACAUUUCUAUAUCUACCUGGAUGGACUAAGGGCCAAGUCUGGAUCAAUGGGUUUAACUUGGGCCGGUACUGGACAAAACGGGGGCCACAGCAGACCCUCUACGUGCCAAGACCCCUGCUGUUUCCUAGGGGAAUGCUCAACAAAAUCACAUUGCUGGAGCUAGAAAAUGUGCCUUCCCAGCCCCAAAUCCAAUUUUUGGAUAAGCCUAUCCUCAAUAGCACCUUGCACAAGACAUAUAUCUAUUCCCUCUCAGCUGAUUCACUAAGUGCCUCUGAACCAAUGCGGUUAAGUGGGCACUGAAAGAAAGGUAGCCCUUGGAUCUGGGACAUGGAUUGGGCAGGAUCCCUUGGUGCUGGCCACGGUGACCAUAAGGAACCAAAGGCCAGAAUGCCUCUGAAUGUAAGUACGAGUGCAGAUUCCUUGCCAAGCUUUAUUGUGAUUAAAGCUCCAGAGACAGUACCAGCUCC